UAAAUCUCUCAAUGAAAACUUAAUUUUUUAAUGAAUUCUUUCCGUUACUUCCAUCUAUUUACAGAAUGCAUUUUUAUGCAUCCCUAACAGUUUUCAGUAUGCUGAUUAAUGUGCAUAACACGACCGCAACCACAGCAACAUCAGCAACAAUUGUUGUUUGUUAUUAAUCAAGUAAUUCUUCGCUUGUAAUUUGUAGUAUGCGGUGCACACAUGUUCAACAAGCGCUAACAAUCGAGGUUAAAAAAGCAAAGAGAAGAAAAAAUAAUAAAAAAAAAAUUAAUUUAAACGAGAUUGCUCCUUGCAUUCUUUACUGCUGUGACCGUUCCGCACCGUGUGUACUGUGUGACAAUGCUGCUGUUCAACAAUGAAGGCAAUCAGAGUUUUUCUCUGGCAUCAUCGUCCCCUGGCGUCGAAGGUAUACCUGCAUCAUUAUCAUCAUCAGGCCAAUUGACCGACAACAACGUAAUCGUAAUGGCAUCGUCAGCGUCAUCUUCAUCUCGGGAUUUCGAUAAGUUUCCCUCACCGCAAAUAUUGCUAUUGCGUAGUGAAUGGUUACAACAAAACAUAAGUCAAAUGCUAAACAUCUCCAGUGAUAAUUUAACUGAUCUCAUCAAUAAUAUUCAGCUGCAGGGAGCCACGUCAACACAUUCGUCGCAGACAUCAAUGACGCUUUUGGCGACCUUAACAGUCUUUUAUACGCUUAUAUUUUUUGCUGGUAUUUUGGGCAACUUAAUAACAUGCAUUGUUAUAUCGCGCAACAAAUUUAUGCACACAGCUACCAAUUUUUAUCUCUUCAAUCUGGCGAUAUCCGAUUUAAUACUGUUGCUGUCGGGCAUGCCUCAGGACUUAUACAAUCUAUGGUAUCCCUAUUCGUAUCCUUUUACCGACAUACCAUGCGUUAUGGAAAGUGUAUUGUCCGAAACAGCUGCCAACGCGACGGUACUGACGAUAACAGCAUUUACGGUUGAACGUUAUAUAGCCAUAUGUCAUCCCUUCAGACAACAUACUAUGUCAAAACUAUCACGCGCUGUUAAAUUCAUUUUUGCCAUUUGGUUGACGGCAUUCGUUUUGGCUCUACCGCAAGCUAUGCAAUUUUCUGUGGUACCCGAGGACGGCGGGAUUGAAUGUACGAUUAACAACGAUUUCUUUGCUCAUGUUUUCGCAAUAUCGGGCUUUAUAUUUUUCGGUGGUCCGAUGACAGCCAUAUGUGUACUCUACGUAUUAAUUGGAGUGAAGCUUAAACGUAGUCGUUUAUUGCAAUCAAUGCCACGCCGUUGCCACGACGUAAACAGGGGAAUAAGUGCUCAAACCCGAGUAAUAAGAAUGUUAAUUGCCGUCGCAGUGGCAUUUUUCUUGUGUUGGGCUCCAUUUCAUGCUCAGCGAUUAAUGGCUGUUUAUGGUUCAUUAUCGGGCAUCGAUUCGGAUGUCUUCAAUACCGUGUUCCAUAUAUUGAAUCUUACGUCAGGUGUGUUGUACUUCUUGUCGACUUGUAUAAAUCCUUUGCUGUACAACAUCAUGAGCCACAAAUUUCGCGAAGCGUUCAAGGUGACGCUGGCUCGUCAUUUUCUGUCCAAUAAAUAUCAAAGUCAACACCAUAAUUACAGUGCUCUAUUAAAGCAGAACGGUUCGCUGCGUCUGCAUCAUACAACGGUGAAUAAUAAUGCUCUCGAGCACUAUAGUUCAUUCCGUAUAAUGCAAUUGCAUUGUCGUGACCCAAGCCACCAUCUUUCUCUACAGGAUAGUAUACGCACCACUACAACAACAACAACUAUAAACAGUACCAGCAGCGGUGGAGGAUCAGGAGGGGGAAGUAAAUAUAAUCACCAUCACCAAAGCUCUGUGUCGAACAGUUGUAGAUCUUUAUCGCGUUAUAACCGAUGCGCAGGCUCGCAAUCAACCCUGAUGGGCCGAGAUGAGGUCAACAACUCGUCGUUGCCUGCAGUACCAGUGCCAAGUCACCAAAAUCAUCGUCUGUUGCAAACGCAAAUUUCUCAACUCUCGUCAAUGGGUGAUGCGAACUCCCUGCUCGAAUCCGAGAUAUCUAAUACGGGAGUACGUCAUUGUCAAUCCAAUUGUCCGUUAAAGAAAAUGCGGCGACAAAAAUCUCACGAUUACCACUCGGAAGAUGCAAUCAUACAGGCUCCUUCUGGCAGUGGCACCAGCAACUCGAAACGAUUGUGGCGAGAGACGCACAGGCACUACGCCUCAAUGCCGCUGCAUGAGACCGAAUUUUAUGGAAAAUCUUUAGCUCCAGUUGCACCGCUAGCACCACAUAUAGUGAACGCGACAUUGGUAGCCACUCAGCCUAUAAAACCGAUAAAUUCAGUAGCUGAACUAAGUCUCGAUAGACCGACUCGUUCACGUCUCAAAUUGACGCGCAUUGUCAGCCGCAGACAGCACGAUACCUUGCCCUUGCAAAUCAACUCUAAGGUAGAACUAAUGACUCACCCGAGUAAGAAGAAGUCUUCACUUAAAACGUUGGCUAAGAAAUUUAAAUGGCACAGCCGCAAAAAAGUGAAUCGCAAGCGGGAAACCAUAAAAUGCACGAACGUAACCGAUCACUCGUUGCAAUUACAAUUUGGAGAAGAGCCCACCACCACAGCGUUAAGAAAAGUCAUUCCGACCCAUAAAGAUAUCAAUUUGGUAGAGGUAGACUUAACAACUCUUAACAACUCCAAUAUGUCCGUGAAAGAAUCACCGAAUAAUUUAUGACGACAUUUGAAAGAUGAGUCAACAAUCCGUGUAAAGCAAUCGCAAGAUGAUAACGAGUAUGAAUUAAGCGAUUUUAAGCGAUGAUAUACAAAAAGACUCUAAAUCCAAAUGCGGCAAACAAAGGCAAUGGUUGUGCU